AUGGAGAAGACAGGGGAAGAUAAAUCUGCCAGCACCAUUGCAAUUGUUGGCAUUCUCUUAGCUCUUAACGUGAUUAACAUACUCCACAUGUUCAUAUGCCUUCUUCACCAUGCAAGGAAGAUUUGGAUUGAAAGCAAAGAGGCUCGAUUCCAGAGACUUUGUAAUUGUGCAGAUGAAAACAUGGAUGAUAAGAAGAGAGAAUCCCAGAAGCAGAAGCUUCAAGUUUGUGAAAGUUAUCUAGAUGAUAACAAGCUUUCUAUGGGAGAAGUGAAGAUGGUGAUGGAGAAACUGGGAAAUGAAAACUAUGAAGAGAGGCUGGAUUCACAUGAGAUUGCAAGGCUGUUCGAGGAGGAUCAGCCAAGCCCAGAAGAACUGAAAGAAGCUUUUGAUAUGUUUGAUGAGAACAGUGAUGGGUUCAUCGAUGCAGGGGAGUUGGGAAAAGUCCUAUGCACAUUGGGCCUCAUGGAACCUUUGGAAGUGGAAUGCCAAAGGAUGAUCAGAGUCUUUGAUGACAAUGGAGAUGGACGGAUAGACUUCAAAGAAUUUGUCAAACUUGUGGAGCACAGCUUCUGCUGA